GGGAUACAUCUCCGUGUUGACACAAAAUGGUCGAGUAUAUUUUGUGACCUGGGAGUUUAGCAGGCCUAAAAACCAAACUUGUAUCGUAUUAUUUGGCACGCAGAACAUCCAUUGGAAUAGUAUAUAGUAAGUGCCGAAUAUAGUGUUCUAGGAAGGACACGUGAGAGCAAGACUGUCGAAGGAAAGCUGAUUUGGCCACAAACAGAAAGUCCGCCCCUGAAUGACUCGGCUACCGCUCACAGAGUCCAGUUACCUACAUCACAGAGCACACUAAACCAAGCCGAAUGAAGAGAGCGGCUGCAAAGCAUCUAAUUGAGUGCUACUUUGGCCAGUUAACAGAGGGCUGUGGAAAUGGGGCCUGCACGAAUGAGUUCUGUGCUUCGUGUCUUGGUUUUCAACCGCUGGAUCACAACGCGGCGGCCAUCAGAGCCCUGGAGCUCUAUAAAAUGAAUGCCAAACUGUGUGGUCGUCACUCUGCUGCCUUCCCUGACAACAGCAGUGCCAAAGAAACCCACCCUACCUUAUUGGGCGACCGUCACGGGAAGAUGCCAGACCACGAAGACAACCUGUUUCCUCCUAGGGAAGACUUCAGAGAGGUGCAUUACCUGACCGAGGAGAAAGUCUAUGAGAUCCUGAGUAUCUGUGAGGGGAAGAAGGACUACUCUCCUCUGAUCCGAGUCAUCGGGAGGAUCUUCUCCAGCGCUGACGGGCUGGUGCAGAGCUUCAGGAAGGACAAGGAGCAGCACCCCAACACCAAGGAGCAGCACCCCAACACCAAGGAGCAGCACCCCAACACCAAGGAGCAGCACCCCAACACCAAGGAGCAGCGUAAGACCCACCAGGUCAAAGAUGAGGACAAGGACGAGGACGACAAGGAGAGAACCACCGCCAUGGAGCAGGAAUCAGAGGCCUCGGCGUCCAUGGAGGGAGCGACGGGAUCGACGGAGAACAGACUGGGUCCUGUGGAGGUCUCAGUGGACAUAGAAGCUGUGAGGAGAGUGUACGACAGACUCCUCUCCAACGAGAAGAUGGAAUCAGCCUUCCUCAACGCCCUGGUCUACCUAACUCCCAACGUAGAGCUGGAUCUAACCUAUCUAGACGUGUACGACACCAACCCAGACUACCUAAACAUCUUCAUCAUCGUGAUGGAGAACAGCAGCCUCCACAGCCCAGAGUACCUGGAGAUGGCCAUGCCUCUGUUCUGUAAGUGUAUGAGUAAACUCCCUCUGCCUGCCCUGGCCAAGCUGACGCGCCUGUGGUCUCAGUACAGUGUAGAGCGCAUCAGACGUAUGAUGGAGACCUUUCAGCAGCUCAUCACCUACACGGUAAUCAGCAACGAGUACGACAGCGACAGUCUGGUCAACGACGAUGAGUGUGUGGUGGCUGCAGCCAAGUGUCUGAAGCUGGUGUUCUACGCCAACGUCCUGGGAGGAGACCUGGAUACGGGUCACAAUGAGGAGGAGGAGGAGCCUGCAUCAGAGUCCAGCGAGCUCACCCUGCAGGAGCUCCUGGGGGAGGAGAGGAGUAACAAGAAGGGGCCCCGGGUCGACCCUUUGGAGAAGGAGCUGGGCGUCAGGACCCUGGACUGCAGACGACCCCUCAUCCCCUUCGAGGAGUUUGUCAACGAGCCGUUGAACGAUGUUCUAGAGAUGGACAAGGACUUCACCUUCUUCAAGGUGGACUCGGAGAGUAAGUUCUCCUUCCAGAGCUGUCCCUUCAUCCUCAACGCCUGCACCAAGAGCCUGGGACUGUACUACGACAACCGCAUCAGCAUGUACAGCGAGAGGAGGAUCACAGCGCUCUACAGCCUGGUACAAGGACAGCAGCUCAACCCAUACCUCAGGCUCAAAGUACGACGAGACCACAUCAUCGACGACGCCCUCGUCAGGUUGGAGAUGAUCGCCAUGGAGAACCCAGCGGACCUGAGGAAGCAGCUGUUUGUAGAGUUUGAAGGAGAGCAGGGCGUCGACGAGGGAGGAGUGUCUAAAGAGUUUUUCCAGCUCGUCCUCGAGGAGAUGUUCAAUCCUGAUAUUGGCAUGUUUACGUACGACGAGUCCACCAAGCUGUUCUGGUUCAACCCGCCCUCUCUGGAGAACGAGGCCCAGUUCACCCUGAUAGGCAUCGUCUUGGGCCUGGCCAUCUACAACAACUGUAUCCUGGAUGUUCACUUUCCCAUGGUGGUCUACAGGAAACUGAUGGGGAAGAAAGGCACCUAUCUGGACCUGACAGACUCACACCCGGUUCUGUACCAGAGUCUGAAGGAGCUGCUGGACUACGAGGGGGAUGUGGAGGAGGACAUGAUGAUCACCUUCCAGAUCUCACAGACUGACCUGUUUGGAGACCCCAUCACUUAUGACCUGAAGGAAAACGGGGACAAGAUACCUGUUAAUGAGGACAAUAGAAAGGAGUUUGUGUCUCUGUAUAGUGAUUACAUACUUAAUAAGAGUGUGAAGCGCCAGUUCAAAGCCUUCAGGAGGGGCUUCCAGAUGGUCACCAACGAGUCGCCUCUCAAGUGUUUAUUUAGACCUGAGGAGGUGGAGCUACUGAUCUGUGGAAGCAGGAAUUUGGACUUUCAAGCGCUUGAAGAAACGACAGAGUAUGACGGAGGCUACAGCAAGGAUUGUCGCAUUAUCACAGACUUCUGGGAGACGGUGCAUUCGUUUGGCGAGGAGGAUAAGAGACUGUUCCUCCAGUUUACUACGGGGACUGACAGAGCACCCGUAGGAGGCCUGGGCAAGUUAAAGAUGAUCAUCGCCAAGAACGGCCCCGACACAGACAGGUUACCUACUUCUCACACGUGUUUUAAUGCUUUGCUGCUCCCUGAAUACGAUUCAAAGGAGAAACUGAAGGAGAGACUUCUCAAAGCCAUCACUUAUGCCAAAGGAUUUGGAAUGCUGUGAAACAAGCAAAAAUGACAACUCUGCAAAAACAAAACAAAAACUUCCUGGCUUCAGUUCAAUGGUUUUAUGUUUUGUAAUGGAGAAGGUAGGAAUUAUACAAUGAUGCAACAGUUGAAAUUGAUGUGGCAUUACGACAAGGAAGUGCUCCAGAGACUGUGUGCCUGAACAGCAAAUAGACUCAACUAGCAAGACAUUCGAUCUAGCCCCCCCUCAGAUCCAUUUAAUAUACGUAGAACCUCUCCUUACAUUCUAGGUUAUUCAAGCUGUUGAAAUCAGUUAUAAUUCUUACUGGAGCUCGCUUGGUUUUAUUUGAUGUGUAAAAAAACAAUAAAGAAGAGGAAGCAGGUUAUCAUUUAUUGUUGUGAAAGUGCACUUAACUAGACCUUCUGAAUGUUAGUGAAUGGUAUAUACAUUACUGUAUACUGCCGUCUUAGGACAUUUUGUUAGUUUAUGAUAUUCUUUAAUGCCAGCAGUGUUGUCGGUAACACUUCCUAAUAUAAUACCCUCUUCAUAAUGCAUUGAAAAGUACAUUUAUAAUGAUAAUUUAAUUUAUAAUGCAUAAUGCAUAAUAAUGCCUUCCAGGUGUUUUAUAGCUGCUCAUAGACCUCUAUAAUGCUUUGUUUCAAGUUUUAUUGUCACGUGCACAAGUACUGUGAAAUACUUUUUCAUUGUACUUGAAGGGGGGGGUGUUCAUAUGACGUGUUAGCGUGGUGUCGCGUAAGGCACAGGACUAUUCUAACCAGUACACUAACACAGUGUUCCUGCUCUGCUGUAAGCUAUGCAAGUGGCACCCUAUUCCCUACAUAGUGCACUACUUUUCACCAGGGCCCCUACAUAGGGAAUAGGGUGCCAUUUGGGGCGCAACCCUUAUGUAUGAUGGCGUUGCAUCGUCAUCUGUACCUGCUGCCUCUUUGGCAAAUCUCCCUGCUACUUUUGGCUGCGGUCCUGCACUCUUUCUAAUGUGUUGAAUAGCUUGCUGUUCAAUACCUAUAUGUUUUUUGCAAUGUUCAUUUUGUAUGCCAGACAGAACAGAGCACACUCUCUCUUAGCCCUGACGGAGUGCUUUCAGUUUUUUGUAUUUUAUUUUAAUGCAUGGUUACAGACACAAAGUAAGUCAUUAGCUUUACAAAAGCUCCAGUGAAUUGUCAAGUCAUGCUAGUUCUUUGGUAGCUGUACUCUCACUUACAGUUGCAAAAACAUUUGGGGGGGAAAUGCUUUACCCAAAAGCCCUUGGUUUUCCAGAAAGCCCUUGGUUUUCCAGAAAGCCCUUGGUUUUCCAGAAAGCCCUUGGUUUUCCAGAAAGCCCUUGGUUUUCCAGAAAGCCCUUGGUUUUCCAGAAAGCCCUUGGUUUUCCAGAAAGCCCUUGGUUUUACAGAAAUCCCUUGGUUUUACAGAAAUCCCUUGGUUUUACAGAAAUCCUGGUUGGAAGAGUCCCAGAAUCUGGAGGGAAUAAAGAGGAAAUCCAGAAUCUUCCAACCAGGAGUUUUGGAAAACCUGGGAACGUUAGCAGCAUUCUGCAACCCUAAUCUGACUUCACAGUUCAUCUGAAACCUGGGAACGUUAGCAGCAUUCUGCAACCCUAAUCUGACUUCACAGUUCAUCUGACCCAUAUAAUGUGAAAUAUUGACUUGGAGAAAAGUGUUUUAUAAUAAUAACACUGAAUUGAUGUGCCACAUCAAUGCUCAGAACAGUGUGUUAUUCUCUGAAGUAUUUUUUGGUUUGUUGGUGUUUGAUUUGGUGUGACUGUGGUUUGGUUUUCAUUAUGCUAUACACCUGAAAGCCUGCCAAGCCAUGCAGAAUAUUUUUGGUUUAAUAUCCAAUAAUGUGUACAACAGUCUUGGCAGGAAGGGUUUAAUGGCUUGGUUUGAUAUCCUGUGAUGUGUACAACAGUCUUGGCAGGAAGGGUUUAAUGGUUUGGUUUGAUAUCCUGUGAUGUGUACAACAUUCUUGGCAGGAAGGGUUUAAUGGUUUGGUUUGAUAUCCUGUGAUGUGUACAACAUUCUUGGCAGGAAGGGUUUAAUGGUUUGGUUUGAUAUCCUGUGAUGUGUACAACAGUCUUGGCAGGAAAGUUCAUUCAUAAAGGAUUCAUUCCCCUGUUUUACUGCCUGAAUUCAAAAUAGAUUCAAUAUGAAUUAUUUUUUUCCCACCCUUUUACAUACAAUACCCUACAAUUUUAGCAAAUGUAUUAAAUAAAAUCGAUGCAAUUUACAUCAGUAUUCACACCCCUAAAUCAAUACAUGUCAGAAAUCCCGUUUCUGAAUAAGUCUGUAAGAGAUUUGCACACCUGGAUCGUACAAUAUUUGCACAUUCUUUAAAAAAUUGUUAAAGUUCUGUCAAUUGGUUGUUUAUAAUUGCUAGACAGCCACUUGAACGUCUUGCCGUAGAUUUUCAAGCAGAUUUUAAGUCAAAACUGUAACUAGGUUACUCAGGAACCUUCAAUGUCAUCUUGGGUAAGCAACUCCAGUAUACAUUUGGCCUUGUGUUUUCAGUUAUUCUCCUGCUGAAAGGUCAAUUUGUCUCCCAGUGUCUGUUGGAAAGUAGACUGAACCAGGUUUUCUCUAGUCCUUCCUGAUGACAAGCAUACCCAUAACAUGAUGCAACCGCCACUAUGCAUAACACAUAUUGAUUAUAUGAAGAUUAGUACUUAGUUAGUGAUGUGUUAAAUUUGCCCCAAACACUUUUUAUUCAGGUUAUAAAGUGAAUUUCUUUGCCACAUUUUUUUUGCAGUUUUACUUUUUUUUAUUAUUAUUAUUAUUAUUUGCCUUAUUGCAAACAUGAUCCAUGUUUUGGAAUAGUUUUUAUUCCGUACAGGCUUACUUCUUUUCACUCUGUCAUUUAGAUUAGUAUUGUGGAGUAACUACAAUGUUGUUGAUCCAUCCUCAGUUUUCUCCUAUCACAGCCAUUAAACUCAAACUGUUUUAAAGUCCCCAUUGGCCUCAUGGUGAAGAAUCUCUAUUUAAUCCAAUUCAGGCUGUGAGAACAAAUGUGGAUCAAGUCCAACGGCUGUGAAAACUUUCUGAAUGCGGUUGUAUUUAGUUGUUUGCUGCCUGGUUUAUUUUGAUAUAAUGGAAAUUAAGGAAAGUACAAACAUUUGAAUUAAACACUUGAUUUUGUCAACAUAAUGCAAAAUAAAAAAAAUAAGACAUUUUUAA